AUGAUUUGCGAGGAAGUCGGGGUCGUACGAGAACAAUGUCUAGGGGAAGAAGAAGAUCGCUACCAUAAGCAAACUCCCGUCGCCGAGAGCUGGGACCCAGAAGUACCGUUGCCACCCAGCCGCUUGCGCCAGAAAACCAUCGCUUACAAUGGGGACUCCCGAGUAUCCACAAUACUAGAAUUGCUCGUCCAAAAAACAUUGCCAGGUCGGAUUUACCAAUCCAGCAAGGUGUGUCUGAUCGGGGACGUUGCACAUGCGAUGACGCCCUAUCUCGUUCCAGGAACUGCAAUAUGGAUCGAGGGUGUCUCAGUCCUCCGUGGACUGCUAGAGUAUUCUCCCAAGAAGAUGACGUUGCAUGAGACCCUACAAAUGUAUGAGAAGCUGCGAAACAAGCGAACCUCCAAGAUCACCGUGCAUCAACCAACUCGCGACAUCUCACACAGAUGGAACAUGGUCCAGAGCAAGAAGCACAUGAGUAGCAUCUACUGA